GGUGUGGCUUUGAUCUAAGUGUCAAUAUUUACAGGUUGAUGUAAUAAAGAGGCUUAAACUGCUUUAUUCAAAUCACCGCCAUCCUGUGGGCCUCAGUACUGUGGCCGCGCGCAGCCAAUCAGAGACAGGCCCGCAAAGAUCAAAGAGGAGCCGAGCCAACCGUGUCAGCUCCGAACACCAGCUCCCUGAUGGAGCCUCAUAUAUUCUGGAGCCGCUCAGGAUGACCGGCUUCCAAAUACAGAGUCUGAAGGAGCGACCUGRAGSKUUUUSAGUGAGUUUUCCUGCACAACAUCUCAGCCCUGGAGCUGUUUGACACCAUGGCGACAGGCGCUGCCGAGUGCCCCAGCAAGGCCGCCCAGUACCGGGUGGACCACCUCCUCAGCGCCGUGGAGAGCGAGCUGCAGGCCGGCAGCGAGAAGGGSGACCCCACCGAGCGGGAGCUGAAGGUGUCGCUGGACGAGCGCGAGCUGUGGCAGAAAUUCAAGGAGCUCAUCAAUGAGAUGAUCGUUACAAAGAACGGCAGGCGCAUGUUUCCGGUUCUGAAAGUCAACGUGUCCGGACUGGACCCGAACGCCAUGUACUCGUUUUUGCUGGACUUCGCGUCGGCGGACAACCACCGGUGGAAAUAUGUGAACGGGGAGUGGGUGCCCGGAGGCAAACCCGAACCUCAGACCCCCAGCUGCGUGUACAUCCACCCGGACUCCCCGAACUUCGGGGCCCACUGGAUGAAAGCUCCGGUCUCCUUCAGUAAAGUCAAACUGACAAACAAACUGAACGGCGGAGGUCAGGUAAAAGAUGGGCUCCUAAAACCACAACCUAAUCACCCAGCUGUUUGUUUUACGUGUUUUCUGCUCCGCUUUCUAAAGAUUAUGUUGAACUCUUUGCACAAAUAUGAGCCCCGCAUCCACAUCGUGCGGGUUGGAGGCCCGCGGAGGAUGAUCACCAGCCACUCCUUUCCGGAGACGCAGUUUAUUGCAGUAACAGCUUACCAGAACGAAGAGAUAACGGCUCUGAAAAUAAAGUACAACCCGUUUGCCAAGGCCUUUUUAGAUGCUAAGGAGAGGAAUGAUAACAAAGACAYGAGGGAAGAUGUUAGUGAAAACCACCAGUCUGGAUACUCUCAGUUGGGCAGCUGGUUUAUUCCAGGAAGCGGACCCCUCUGCCCUCCGGCCAGCUCUCACAGCCAGUUUGGGAGUCCCAUCUCCCUCUCGCCUUCCCACAGCUGUGAGCGCUACUCCACCCUGAGGAGCCACCGCUCGACGCCGUACACCAGCCCUUACAGCCAUCGGACCAACUCGCCCACCGGAUACUCGGAGAACUCUUCGACCUGUCUGUCGAUGCUCACCAGCCACGAGAACUGGUCCGGCCUCCAAGUGCCGACACACACCAGCRUGAUGCCCGUCGGCCACAACUCUCACAGCUCCAGCGCCAACUCCAGUCAGUACAGCAGCCUGUGGUCUGUGAGUAACUCAGCCCUCACCCCGGUGUCUCAGAGCGGGGGGAUCAACAGCUGCCUCGGCUCCCAGUUCUUCCGGGGGUCCUCGGGCCACUACCCCGGCCUGUCUCAUUCGGUGCCGGCGCCCCCCUCUGGAUCUCCGUUGUACGACAGCAGCUCGGCCCUGGAGGCGCAGGACGCUGCGGCUCAGUAUGACGGCCGGCUGCCUUCAGCCUGGACUCCUGUCACACCUCCCUCACUUUGAGGGACGGCUCUCUGCAAGCUGAGACGGACAUCUGAUCUGAUGGGACACAUCAGGCGCCGAAUGAUUUAUUGCUUUUUUUUAUAUUUAAUCCAGGAAGUUUCUGUUCUAAUGAGAAGCUUAAAUUAUCCUCUGAAAUGUUACUUUUAAUCUGCUUAUAUUAAGCAGCACUCCAUCAAAUUUACCAAAUAAACGUCCCGACUGAAAAGGAUUUAAAAAUUGUGAAUAAUGUAAAUGAAAAACCAAAUAAAACAUAUUGACUGUACAUAGAUAAAAACAUUUAGMCUUUUACGGUUUUAGGUUUGAAAUGGAGAAAAGCGAGAUGUUUUAUCAGACGAACUUCUGAUUCCAUAAAAUAACCUGUUUGCCAUUAAAGCCUUYGCCUCCUGCUGCUCAGUUUACAUUUUAUCGCUCCUUGUUCGAGAUCACGUCCUCGUUGCUUUAAUGCUGAGGGAGGUGUUGGUUUUAUGGCAAUAAAAGUUUGAAAAUUAGAUUUUAGUGUUUUAACACGUUAUCGGAUCAGAGAUAAGAAAGCGUUUCAUCAGGGACCGUUUAGGAUUUUUUAUUUUGCUAUAAAAAGUCAGAAACCCA